AGAGAGUGCCGGAGCUGACUUGCAACUAGCCCGGCUCCUCGCCCGUGCUACAGCCGGAGAAGCCCCCGCCCCCCACCUGUCCCCUCCUUCUGCCCCUUCCCCGCUGGCUGCAAAAGGAAGCAGGCGCCCUCCUGGGCUCGCCCGCCUUGGAAAUGCCUCGGCUCUUGGCCAGAGAAGCCGCCUGAGUCCGCGGGGAGCUCCUCAGCCGGAGCGCCUUGUCCCUCCCGCCCCGCCUCUGCUGGACCUGAGCAGCGCCGCCGCCGCUGCCCCUGAGGCGCCUUCUCGGUGACUCCUCGCGCGCGCCCCGAGCUCCCCCGGCUGCCUUUCGCCUUUUUUCAUUGGUCGGUGAUGUGUCUAUUUACCUCAGCGCUGAACUUCUCCCAGGAUCAGCUUGACUCUGGGUUAUGGGCAAGUCAGAAAGUCAGAUGGAUAUAACUGAAAUGAACUCUCCAAAACAAAAGAAAAAACCACGAUGGAGUGCUCUGGAAAUUGGGCUUGCAGUUGUAGUAGCCCUUCUUGCUAUCGUUGGCAUCACCAUGAUAAUUCUGUAUACAACCCGUUCUGAUGCUGUUUGUGUAUCAUCUGAUUGUGUAAAAUCAGCUGCCCGAAUCCUUGAAAACAUGGAUCUUACAUCAGAACCUUGCAAAAACUUUUACCAGUAUGCUUGUGGUGGAUGGUUAAAAAAGAACAUCAUCCCAGAGACAAGUUCCCGUUAUAGUAACUUUGACAUUUUAAGAGAUGAACUAGAAGUUGUUUUGAAAGAUGUCCUCUCUAAAGAAAACAGCAGUGACAUACCAGCUAUUCAAAAAGCAAAAACUCUCUACAGAUCUUGUAUAAAUGAAACUGCUAUUGAUCUCAGAGGAGGAAAACCUCUCAUUAACAUAUUGGACACUAUUAAUGACUGGCCUGUAGCAACAGACAACUGGGACCAAGCAUAUGGUACCAGUUGGACAGCUGAGAAUGCUAUUGCACUGCUAAACUCUAAGUAUGGGAAAAGGGUCAUCAUUAACCUAUUUGUUGGCACAGAUGAUAAAAACUCCACGCAACACAUACUUCAUAUUGAUCAGCCUGGGCUUGGACUGCCUUCUCGUGACUACUAUGAAUGCACUGGAUUAUACAAGGAGGCAUGUUUAGCCUACGUUAAUUUCAUGACUUCUAUAGCAAAACUGAUCCGCAAGGAAAGAAAUCUCACCAUCAAUGAGACCCAAAUUUCUGUGGAAAUGAACAGAGUGAUGGAUUUGGAAAAAGAGAUUGCAAAUGCUACAACCAAAUCUGAUGAGAGAGUUGACCCACUUCUGCUAUACCACAAAAUGACAUUUGCUGAUGUCCAGAAGAACUUCUCUUUGGAGUCCAAUAACCAGCCAUUCAACUGGUUAACAUUUGUAAAUAAUGUCAUGACAACUGUGAACAUCACAAUUGAAAAUACGGAAGACGUGAUUGUUUAUGCUCCACAAUAUCUAACCAAACUAAAACCUAUUCUCCUGAAAUACACUCCCAGAGAACUUCAAAACUACAUGAGCUGGCGAUACAUAAUGGAUUUGGUAAACACUCUAAGCCAAAACUACAAGGACGUAAGGACUGCUUACCGUAAGGUGCUCUUUGGCACAACCUCAGACACCGCAGCUUGGCGCCGCUGUGCAAACUACGUCAAUGGCAAUAUGGAGAAUGCUGUGGGCAGGCUGUAUGUAGCAGAAGCAUUUGCUGGAGAGAGUAAACACAAGGUACAAGAUAUGAUUACAAAAAUCCGUGAGAUUUUUGUAAAAACCCUGGAUGAACUCAGCUGGAUGGAUGCAGAAACCAAAAAGAGAGCUGAACAAAAGGCUAUAGCAAUUACAGAAAAGAUUGGCUACCCUGAUGAGAUUAUGACUAACAAUGAUAAGCUGAAUAAAGAAUACAAAGAUCUGAACUACAAAGAAAAUGAAUAUUUUGAGAACAUAAUUCAAAAUUUAGUGCUUGACCAGAAGCAAAGGCUGAAGAAGCUCAGAGAAAAGGUGGACAAGGAAGAGUGGAUAAGCGGACCAGCUGUAGUCAAUGCCUUUUAUUCAGCAAACAGAAAUCAAAUUGUCUUUCCUGCAGGUAUUUUACAACCACCUUUCUUUAGUGCAUCCCAGCCCAACUCCUUGAAUUACGGCGGCAUCGGCAUGGUCAUUGGCCACGAAAUCACUCAUGGCUUUGAUGACAAUGGUAGAAAUUUUAAUGCAAAUGGGGACCUUGUAGACUGGUGGACUGAAGACUCUGCAAAAAAGUUUAAAGAACAGUCUGAAUGUAUGGUGUACCAGUAUGGAAACUUCACAUGGGAUCUAGCUGGAGGACAACAUCUUAAUGGAAUCAGUACCCUCGGCGAAAACAUUGCAGACAAUGGUGGCAUUAGACAAGCAUACAGGGCCUAUGAAAGCCUUGUAAAAAAGAACGGAGAAGAGAAACUGCUUCCCGGCCUUGAUUUCAACCACAGGCAGCUAUUUUUUCUGAACUUUGCACAGGUCUGGUGUGGAACAUUCAGGCCGGAAUAUGCUGUCAACGCUAUUAAAACAGAUUCACACAGCCCGGGCAAUUUCAGGGUCCUAGGAACAUUGCAGAACACUCCAGAGUUUUCAGAGGCCUUUCAAUGCACCAACACAGACUACAUGGAUCCUAUGAAAAAGUGCCGUGUUUGGUGAUGGAACUAGAAACAGCGCAACUCAAAGGACAAAGCUUCCCAGGAAUCUGGAACAUUUUGUGGGCGGCCAGAGUGGAUUUGCCACAGAAGGGGCAAUAGAGACACAUCGAGAGCACCAAAGCAAUGCAUCCUCCAGAAGAAAGGAAAGACUGCUGAGACAGCCAGUGCCAACUCUUAUUCGGACUAAACUCGGGAAACUAUAAAUCACUGCAUACAUAAAAUUCCUUCACUUAUGGUGUUAUAGUUUAAUUCUGAAAACCAUUUUGCCUACAAGCUUUAUUUUAUGUUUUACCCUGUUCUUCAACACAUUUGCUUGAAAGCAAGUCUCACAGGACUCCAUGGAACUUGCUUCCAUGGAAGUAUACUUAGCAUCACAGCCUUAACCUGCUGCCCUGAGACUGUGUACUGAUAUUUCUAAACAGACAGAAAGGAGUACUAAGGAAUACAUUAUCUUCAUUGUGGAAACAUAAUAAUGAGUCAAGAGUUUACAUCCCAGGGUUGGAUUCUCUAACAUCUCUUAUCACAAUUCAUGUGCUUUACCAAAUGUUUGUUUUUCCAGAGGUGGCCUUAGAGACUGAAUGAACAAAGAGAAGUUUGUUGGAGCCUAAACAUUCAACAUUUAUGAGCAUUCCAAAUUUAGUGUACUCAAAGCCUUGUUGCGUAUCCUCAUGCAGUGGUGAACACAUACAUGAAGCUGCCUUAUACUGAAUCAGAUCCUUGGUGUAUCAAGGUCAGUCUUGUCUGCUUUGGUCUGCUCUGACUGGCAGUGGCUCUUCAAGGUCUCAGGUUGAGGUCAUUCACAUCCCUUACUAUCUGCCCCUUUUAACUGGUGAAGCAAAGGAUUGAAUGUGCAGCUUAGAUGCUCUACCGCUGAGCCACCUCCCCUCCCAACCUAUGAUCCCACUCCAGUUUUAAGUCAUCGUGUUACAGCUGGUGACCCUGGAUGUGGAGCUCCAUCUUCAUUGCCUUCAAAAGAUGCACCUAGGCAGCAACAGGGGUCAGAUUAGUAGUGUAAUACAUAUGGAGAUGUGCAUAUGUAGAAGUACAACAGUACAACAGCAACACACUCUUGUGGUUUACAUGGAUGGAUCUUCCUUGUGGGGAUGGGGCAUAUAUAUGGGCCGUGAGCUAUCACUUUUUUAGUCCUUAUCCUUCCUUGCAUUGCCAUGUUGCUAGAACAGAUAAAAACCAUGAAGCAGACCUUCCUCUUCUUUGAUGCUUCUAUGGCUUUUGUCAAUAGAAGACAGGUAGCAGAGCACAACAUUCCUCUCUUCUGCCUUCAUUAUCCACUCAGUAAGGGACCUCUGUCUGCACAAAAUGCAUGCGCUCUGCGGACUCUACUCAAAGGCCUCUUCUGUUUCAAUCUUUUCAUUUUUCUGUACAACCAUUGACAUGAGAACAAUCCAAAGACAAAUUGUAAUUUACUUAAGUGAUUAUCUAUUGACCAAACUUGCUGUUUGCUACUUUUCAGCCAGAAUAAUACUGUAGAUUUUUUUUUAGUAUUUAUUAUAAUCACAAUGGUUGUAAUCAAAGUCCCCUUCAUAUUUUUUCUAAGAUUUUCCUGUUUUCUUUCAAAACUUGCUCUUUUCAAGGGGGUGGGGCGGGAAGUAUUUGUAAUAAUAUACAAGAUCAUACUUUUUAUAUUUAAUUCUGAACGAUGUGGGACAUGGUUUGGGUGCAUAUCACUGGGGUAUCAAAGUUCAAACUCUUCUACAAAUUAGUCUUCAAACCAGAGAUUUAUAAUAUGGAGAGCAAACUGAUUACUUCUGAUAUAAAUCCUAGAGGCCAGCUUUACAAACGUUGGGUUCUAUAUACCUAAAGCAAGAGAUGUUCAGAAUUCCUGUAAAACCACAGAGACCUUUAAAAUUUCAGUAAUGUUACAUAUGUAGGAAAUUACAUAUCUUACCACUAAAACAUCUUUUAAAUCUUCUACAAGAAAUUUGAAAUGCCUUCCCUCAGGUUGCCAGGUACAUACAGCUUCUGGUAUUGCAAAAUACUGAGAUAUCCAAAAUAAAUACCAGAUACCUCAGAUGACUUUGAGCGGUUUUUGUUUCUGAGCAUUUCAAGAUCGUAUGUGCAUUUUACUUCUCAAACUUGUCAUCUGAUGAAACAUUUUGAUAAUUAAAUUUGAGUCACAUACUCUGUAUUGUCUACAA